UUGCGCCUGUGCGUUGAUGGCGAGCGUUGAUGCCUGGCAGUUGGAUCGGGAGUGAGCAGUCUGAAUUGGUGAGUAAAUUGUUGACUCCUGAACCUGAUGAAGUUUAGACCAGCAACAGAGUCGACUGUACCUCUUCCUAGAGAUGCUGCCUGGCCUGCUGCAUUCACCAGCAACUUUGAUGUGUGUUGCUUGAAUUUCCAGCAUCUGCAGAAUUCCUCGUGUUGAAGUUUAGACCAGUGUUUGACUGCGUAUUGAAGAUGGAUGACAACAUUAAGGUUAUCCUCAACACUGAAGUAAAGCAGAAAGACCCAAUCAAAGCCGUAACAAUUGCCAUCUCAGCUCGAGCUCUUUUUGAUAUGGAAGAAGAGCAUGAAUUAUUCUUGACAGAAGGCCCAGAAGAAUACAUUAAUCACCAGAUCAGUAAUGAAGACAUACCUCUAAAGGAAGGUAUUGUUUUGCCAUUCAUCAGGGCUGUUAACAAGGUAAAUAAAAAGUUGCUGGAGUUGAAUCCUGAGGAAAAGCAACUGUUUGAAAUUCUCCUCCUGUCAACUCACAGUGCUGAAGGUGGGGUACGGAUCAUUAACAGUGUAAACUAUUAUGAUUUAGACAUCAGCAAGUUUUGCUUCUUGAAUGGAAAAGAUCCUUCAAAAUACCUGAGGUCUCAGAAUGUAAUGCUGUUCCUUUCAGCGUGUGAAACCUCUGUUUGCAAUGCAUUGAAAAGAGACAUUCCUGCAGCACUAAUGAUACACCAAGAAUAUGCUGCACCAAAAGAGCAACUGAGGGUUGCAUUUGAUGGGGACUCAGUAUUAUUCUCAGAUGAGACUGAUGCUGUCUAUAGAGAGAAGGGCCUGGAGGAAGUCGUCAAAUAUGAGAAGAACCUGGAGCAUGUUCCUAUGGGAGAGGGCCCACUAAAGAAGUUUGCCAUGAUUCUUGGAGAGAUGAAAAAGAAGUUUCAUCCAGAGGAUGACUCAAUCUGGACAUACUUGGUGACAGCAAGAAGUGGCAAUGACAUGGGCAUACGAGUCAUAAAAACUCUGCGUGAAUGGGGACUCAAGAUAGAUGAAGCUUUCUUCAUGGCAGGAGCACCAAAAGGCCCAAUUUUAUCUCAGAUCCAACCUCACAUUUUCUUUGAUGAUAAUAGGGAUAACAUUAAAGGAGCACGUGAGUUUGGUGUUCCAGCUGGCCACGUGCUGGCUGGACGCAACUAGCCUGAGUGGUGACUCCCCCAUGUGGUGGCAUUGGCAGGUUUGGGGUCUGGCAUUUUCUGAUUGACCUCUUUUGAGGUCAGUGCCUCACUAAUUGGGAUACAUAUAGCGGAUGGUCAGACUGUGAUUUUUCACCUGUUAGAACCGUAGCUGCUUAUGCACAAGUUGCCCUCAUGUACAUAUUGAAAAGGGGUGUAUGGUCGGAGAUUUUUCCCUUGUUUAUUUGUAACCCUCCCUCUCAAGAUUCACUUAAUCAAUCCAUUCAUAUUUCCUGCGAAAGAACACAGGUUUAAAAGUUUUACUUUUUUUGCACUAUUUGUGCUUUUGCAAGAACACCCUGUGAUCAUAAAAUUCAGAGGAAAAAAAAGCAAUUGGAUCAGAGAGGUAGUGCAAGCUUAUAACAUGGCAGCCAUAAUAGAAUUAAAUGCCGAGGUUAAAUAGCUGAUUGUCAACAGAACCCAUUGUCUCAGCUUGCUCCUGCCCCACCAAACUUAUUUCUGCAUACCUCAACACUGUUUUAUCACCCCUUGCUCAAUCCCUUCCCAAGUAUGCUCGUGACACUUCUCACGCUCUGAAUUUUUUCGAUGAUUUGAAGUUCCCUGGCCCCUACCGCCUUAUUUUCACCGUGGAUGUCCAGUCUUUAUGUACCUCCAUCCCCCACCAGGAAGGUCUCAAAGCUCUCUGCUUCUGUUUGGAUUCCAGACCUAACCUGUUCCCCUCUACCACCACUCUCCUCCGUCUAGCGGAAUUAGUCCUUACUCUUAAUAAUUUCUCCUUUGGCUCCUCCCACUUCCUCCAAACUAAAGGUGUAGCCAUGGGCACCUGUAUGGGUCCCAGCUAUGCCUGCCUUUUCGUUGGCUUUGUGGAACAGUCCAUGUUCCAAGCCUAUACUGGUAUCCGUCCCCCACUUUUCCUUCGCUACUUCGAUGACUUCAUUGGCGCUGCUUCCUGCACACAUGCUGAGCUCGUUGACUUCAUUAACUUCACCUCCAACUUUCGCCCUGCUCUCAAAUUUACCUGGUCCAUUUCUGACACCUCCCUCCCCUUUCUUGAUCUUUCUGUCACUAUCUCUGGAGACAGCUUAUCUACUGAUGUCUACUAUGAGCCUAUGGACUCUCACAGCUACCUGGACUAUUCCUCUUCUCACCAAGUCUCUUGCAAAAACGCCAUCCCCUUCUUACAAUUCCUCCAUCUCCGCCGCAUCUGCUCUCAGGAUGAGGCUUUUCAUUCCAGGACAAAGGAGAUAUCUUCCUUUUUUAAAGAAAGGGGCUUCCCUUCCUCCACUAUCAACUCUGCCCUCAAAUGCAUCUCUCGCAUUUCACGCACUUCUGCUCUCACCCCAUCCUUCUGCCACCCCACUGGGGAUACCCUUGUCCUCACCUACCACCCCACCAGCCUUCGGGUCCAACAUAUAAUUCUCCAUUACUUCCGGCACCUCCAACAGGAUCCCACCACCAAGCACAUCUUUCCCUCCCCCACCCCCGCUUUCCCCAGGGAUCGCUCCCUACGCGACUCCUUUGUCCAUUCGUCUCCCCCAUCCCUCCCCACUGAUCUCCCUCCCGGCACUUAUCCUUGUAAGUGGAACAAGUGCUACACAUGCCCUUACACUUCCUCCCUCACCACCAUCCAGAGCCCCAGACAGUCCUUCCAGGUAAGGCGACACUUCACCUGUGAGUUUGCUGGUGUGAUAUAGUGAGUCUGGUGCUCCCGGUGUGGCCUUCUAUAUAUUAGUGAGACCCGACGCAGACUGGGAGACCAUUUUGCCGAAGACCUACGCUCUGUCUGCCAGAGAAAGCAGGAUCUCCCAGUGGCCACACAUUUUAAUUCCUCAUCCCAUUCCCAUUCUGACAUGUCUAUCCGUGGUCUCCUCUACUGUCAAGAUGAAGCCAUACUCAGGUUGGAGGAACAACACCUUAUAUUCCUUCUGGGUCGCCUCCAACCUGAUGGCAUGAACAUUGAUUUCUCUAACUUCCAUUAAUGCCCCUCCUCCCCUUCUUACCCCAUCCUUUAUUUAUUAUUCCCCCCCUUUUUUCUUUUUUUUUUGUCUUUUCUCUCUCUGCCCCUCUCACAAUCACUCCUUGCCUGCUCUCCAUUUUCCUCUGGGCUCCCUUCCCCCCUUCUUUGUCCCUAGGCCUCCUAUCCCAUGAUCCUCCCCCUUCUCCAACUCUGUAUCCCUUUUGCCGAUCAACUUUCCAGCUCUUAGCUUCAUCCAUCCCCCUCCUGUCUUCUCCUAUCAGUCCAAGUCUCCCCCUCCCCCUCCCACUUUCAAAUCUCUUACUAACUCUUCUUUCAGUUAGUCCUGACGAAGGGUCUCGGCCCAAAAUGUCGACUGUACUUCUUCCUAUAGAUGCUGCCUGGCCUGCUGCGUUCCACCAGCAUUUUGUGUAUGUUGCUUGAAUUUCCAGCAUCUGCAGAUUUUCUCGUGUUGAUGUUUUGUAAGUUUGAAUUUCUGUCUUGACAUUACUGCAGGCAUUUCUCACUGGCUUUUGUUCAUACUUUGCAGUUAUUCCAUUAAUUUGCCAAGUUCUCUUGGUUUUAUACUACGGUUACAAACUAUGCCAACGUGAAAGGGAAGGAGGUGUCAUCACACUAAACAGAAUUUUGUACUAUGUUUUUGACUGCCUGGCUAAAGCUACUUCAAUAUGCUAAUAACUGCUUCCAGGAUUUGGGAUAGGUCCAUGGAGAGAGGGAAAACAUGGAGGGUGUUUUGCCACAUUUCUGUGCUAGCAAUCGACUGCCAGAAUUUUUACUCUUCUGCAUUUUUAACUAUAGAACUAUAGCACACCUUGUAUGCACACAAUCCAUAUUUUUGUCAUAAAAAGAGGUUUUAAACAUCAUUUCUUUUUUCAGUAUCCUACUGGGGUUUUAUCGCUUUAAAUUAUUCGCGCAAAAUGCUGGAGGAACUCAGCAGGUCAGGUAUCAUCUACGAAAAUAGAUAAGUGGUUGAGGUUUCAAGCCAAGUAGUUGAGGUUUCAGGACUGGAAAGGAAGGGGGAAGAUGUCAGAACAAAAAGGUGGGAGGAGAGGAGGGAGGACAAGCAAAAAAUUGAUGGAUGAAGCCAGGUGGUGGAAAAGUUAAAGGGCGGGAGAAGGAGGAAUCUGAUAGAAAAGGAGAGUGGACCAUGGGACAAUGGUGCGAAGGAGGGGCACCAGGGGAGGUGACAAGCAGGUUAGGAGAAGAGGUAAGAGACCAGAGUGGGGAAUAGAAGAAGGGGGAGAGGAAAGAGACAACAAAAACAUGGAAGAAGAAAUUGAUGUUCAUGCCAUCAGGUUAGAGGCUUUCCAGACCCUGACAGUGGCCUCAAUGUGGCAGAAUGGGAUAGGAAUGAAAAUGAUAGGCCUCUGGGAAUUUCCACUUUUGGUAGAUGGUGCUUGGCAAUGCAGUUCCCCAUUUCACUUUGGGUCUCAGUAAUGUUGAGAAGAGGCCACAUGAGGAACACUGGAUACAAUCAAUGGCCCCAACAGAUUCGUAGGUGAAGUGUUGUCUUAACAGGACUAUUUGGAGGUGAGGGAGUAUGUGAAUAGGCAGGUAUAGCAUUUCUGUCGCUUACAGGAAUUUGUGCCAGGAAGGAGAUUAGUGGGGAGGGUUGAAUGGACAAGGCAGUCAUGGAGGAAGUGAUCCCAGUGGAAAGCAGAGAGUGGGGUGGGCAGGGGGGAAAGAUGUGUUUUUUGGUGGGAUGCUGUUGAAGCUGGCAGAUUCCUUCUUCUCCAGCACUUUACCUUUCCCACCCAGCUGAGUUCACUUUAUCACCUUCCACCUUGUCCUCCUUGCCCUCCCCUCCCAUCUUUUCAUUCUGAUAUCUUCCCUCUUCCUUUCCAGUCCCGAUGAAGGGCCUCAGACCGAACAUCGACUGUUUAUCCAUUUUCAUGGAUGCUGCCUGACCUGCUCAGUACCUCCAGUUGCUCUGGAUUUCCAGCAUCUGCAGAGUCUCUUGACUUUACGUAACUGCCUUUCAUAUUUUCCUAGACAAAUUCACUGGGAAUUAAGUGUCAAUUCUUACAAAUAAAGAUGUUGGUUAUCACAAUGCUAUAGUUUAAGAUGGAGACUUCUCAAUAAUUUUCUUUUGUGCAUAAUUUUAUUUGAGAAUUAAAUCAAUCAAAUUGUACAAUGCCAUUUUGAACUAAUAAAUUGAACUAUUUUGAACUAUUAAAUACAUUUACGUAUUUAAAAAUGGAUUACAUGUAAUUUUAUCCAAAGAUCAUAGGUAAGGAAAGAUCAACUGGUUUUAAAUUGCUUCUUUUACAUUUUUGAACAAUUAAUUUAUUUUUCUGUUGAUAACAAUUUGCUGUUAGUAAUAUUAUACAUGUUAAGAACUAAGGGGUUACUAUUUAUUCUGUAUCAUACAAAGACCAAAUUGUUAUGUGCUCUGAGUCUUAAAAAUAACUCAGCAAUUUGUACAUGAUUCAAAUCAGUACUUUUUCAAACUCUAAUUAUCUUUAUGUCGUAUUGGGCUGGAGUAUACACAGCAUAAAUAUAGAGGCUUUGAAUAUUUAAGCUUGAAAGUUUUAAUUUGUAGGUGGUUAAUACCAACUCUGAAGAAAACAGUCAAAUUGAGUUACCUACACUCUGUCCGCCAGAGAAAGCAGUAUCUCCCUGUGGCCACACAUUUUAAUUCCACAUCCCAUUCCCAUUCUGACAUGUCUAUCCACAGCCUCCUCUACUGUAAAGAUGAAGCUACACUCAGGUUGGAGGAACAACACCUUAUAUUCUGUCUGGCUAGCCUCCAACCUGAUAGCAUGAACAUUGACUUCUCUAACUUACGCUAAUGCCCCACCUCCCCCUCGUACCCCAUCCGUUAUUUGUUUUUACACACACAUUCUUUCUUUCACUCUCCUUUUUCUCCCUCUGUCCCUCUGACUAUACGCCUUGCCCAUCCUCUGGGUCCCCCUCCCUUUCCUUCUCCCUGGGCCUCCUGUCCCAUGAUCCUCUCGUUUCCCCUUUGCCAAUCACCUGUCCAGCUCUUGGCUCCAUCCCUCCCCCUCCUGUCUUCUCCUAUCAUUUUGGAUCUCCCCCUCCCCCUCCCACGUUCAUAUCUCUUACUAACUCUUCCUUCAGUUAGUCCUGACGAAGGGUUUCGGCCUGAAACAUCGACUGUACCUCUUCCUAGAGAUGCUGCCUGGCCUGCUGCGUUCACCAGCAACUUUGAUGUGUGUUGCCUGAAUUUCCAGCAUCUGCAGAAUUCCUGUUGUUUGAGUCAAAUUGAGUUGCUUGUUCUUGCUAAGCUGUCAACCCAAUUUUCUCUCCAUUCCGUUACUUUUGUAACAGCAUCUGUCUGCAACCAUCUGUUAAAUCUCUUAUCCAUACUUUUGUCAUCUUCAGAAGCUCUUGUGGCUCUCUUCUUAUAUUCAAUUACUAUAAAUCUGGGCUGCCUGCAUCAUAUGCUUCAAGUAUUGUACAUGCAUCACCUCUGUGUUCGUUGAUUCAUGUAGGUUCCAUUCUUUAUAUUUAAAAUAGUAAUCCUUGUUAAGUUACUCUAUGACUAUUCCCUCUACCCCUGUAAUCUCCUGCAGAUCCACAACAUCUCACACUGCAUUUCCCUUUCCACUUAUUCAAGGCUCUUGUGUAUCCCCCUAUGUUUGAUAUUAGCACAUAAGCUCUCAAGUUCUGCCUUUUGAAGCUCAAAGGAUUAAAUUAUUCAGCAAUGAACAUGAACAGAAAACCUAUUCUUGUUCCAAAUGCUCUCUGCAGGUAAUAAGGAAGCAGAGGGUACAAGUAUGGCAGCAUCAUUUUCAAAGCAUUUGGUGGUAUCUGUCCUCUAUAACAUCUCAGUUUACAGGGAAGGUACCACAGUGCAUUCCAUUAACAAGUUCAUUGAUUAUGGACUGAACUAAUUAUGUAAUGGUUUUAUUCCAGCACUGAAUAAGGAAGAAUGUUUACUAAUAUUAGGAGAAAGAUAAAGUUAAUUGUACCCUCUGUACAUAAAAAAAACGAAAUUGACAAAGUUCUGUCAGAAAAGGUUUUACAUAAUAUAUAUAACAAAAUGAAGCAUAUAAUCUUGAAAUGUGGAAAGCAAAAGCAAUUUUCUGUUAUUAAAAGCUUGCUUGAACAGAACAAUUAAAGGCAUUUCGUUAUAAAAGACUUAGCAUUAUACUAGUCAAGAAGUCAUUUCCA